AUGACGGACUCAAACAACGAGGGCUGGCAAGAACUCCAACUGCCAUCGCGGCGACAAUGCCCCAAACUUUUCUACUCGCUCAUGACGCAGAACGAGUCCAUCAAACUGCUUCUCACCGACCUCAUCUCCAUCUGGGAAUGCUCGUUGGACAGGUACGACAUCCUAGCCGAAGCGUCACGCCAGCACACGAGCAUCGACCCAUCCGCCUCAUCCGACCAACUUGCGGUCCUCCUAUCGAAAAUUGCCAAGAGUCUGAGCGACGGCAGAAACGUCCUUGUCAGGGCCAACGAGCGUGGCGGGCAUGCUCUGCGCUUAAAGACAUCCAUCGACCUGCCGAAGCCGCUGAGACCGCUGGAAUGGGCCUUCAAGCUCGCCCCUCAGCCGGCAUCUGAGUUGGCCGAGCGCAUCCUCCGUCCCAGCUUACACGAAGUCGCGGUUGCCCAAGAGAAGAUAGAGUCUCUUCUCCGGAUCGUGCGGGACAAGGACCAUGUCAUCUCACGUCUUCUUGAACGAGUCGACAGCUCCUCUAUUGACUUGAGCCUGAUCUUCCCGAGCAUCACGGGGGUGGCAUCCCGAAAAGGGGGCCAUAUCUCCGUCACAGAGGCAAGGAAGCACGUGCCUGGGAUGGUGAACUUCAAUGAGAAAUCCUGGACGAAGCAAUUCGCAAAUGACGAUGGCUACGAAGGCGCCGAUCGCACCGGCUUGAGUGAUCUUGUCCGGGGAUGCGAAAAAUGCUUCGUGCACACAACAUCUCAACACGCAGACUGGAUAAACGGGCUUCCAUCAUCAGACAGGUCGAUCCAAGAUAGAGAGAAGGGCCGCCUGUCCAGCCCUCCAGAGACUAAGGCUGCUGCGCGACAGCCAGAGUCAGGUGAUGAGUCCACGGCUUCGGACGAUUUCGAACGACAAGCAACCCCACCCAGCCCGAGCUCAAAUAGACGCGAAGUCAGAAAGCCCGCCAACGCAGCGAGUGAAGACGACGUCGAAGGGGAAGAAGCUCUGUCGAAGGUCACCAAAACGUCAACAUCUUCCCUUGGCCGACUCAAUGCCACCAAGGCCUCUGGAAGAUCCAAAGCCAGACGCGACUCAUCAUCUUCCUUGAACAAGCGAUCACCACCGCCCCGUGCUGGCUCCAGCGCGUCAACAGCAACGGCAACUCCAUCUCCAUCAGACGACAACGAUGGUGCAGACUCCGAACCUCAACCCUCAAGGCGACAACAUGGCAAGACCAAGACCAGCAAUCAACCAAAAUUGGGCGGGUUGAGGAAGAAAAGACAGGUAAGCCCAUCACCAACGCCGUCACCUUCGCCAUCGCCAUCGCGAAUCUCGACUUUGAGAAACCAGUCUAAGCGGGACGAGUACGGCCGCCUCAACCACGAUACGGAGUCCUCUCCCAGGCGAGACUCCCCUGCGGGACGGGCACCAUCCUCCCGGCGGAGCAGUGACUCUAGGUCUGCACAAACGCAAAGUCCAGCUGCCAUACCAGGACCAGAUGAUAGCACCGCGACUGACGGCGGAUCUACGAGUACUGGCUCUGAGUCGGAAAGAACACACAAACGAAAGCCUAAAUCGAACCCGAAACAAGACACAAGAGCGAAGCAGUCACAAGGAUCACCAGCAACCACUCCGACAAGGCGUCUCGGAAGAUUAGGCCGCAAACCCCACGGUCUCGAUGCAGGGUCGCCAGCUGGGGGGAUGUCACAGCCUUCGACCAAAAUGACCGAUGUAGCGUCUCCACAAGGGAAAGCAGCUGCCACUCACGAAACGACGAGAGUCACCAGAGCUAGGGGCGGCAAAGACGAUGACUCAGAUAGAACUGGCUCUCCGUCGCCAUCGCCGUCGCCGUCGGCUCGAUCCACAACGAAAACCACGCUCGCUUCCCAUCCCAGAUCUACAACUUCUCUGCCAGCCGCGGAAACAGCUAGGCGCGUACGGCCGAGGGGAGAAGUAGACCAGAAAGAAGGGGGCGAAGAGAAGCAAGAAACAGAAGAGCAGAAAGCCGAUCGGCGACGCUUGGAGCUCAAACGUACGCUCGCUGCAUCCACGGGAACCAAGAAGAAACGGCGCUUUUGA